AUGUCCGUGGCCGGUCUUCGGUACAGUCGCUCCACCUACUCGAGUACUCCCCUUGAGACUCGUAGCGGGAGCUACAUAUAUGAUGGCACCCCCAGUACGUUCCACGACUGGGAGUUUAGGACCUCUAUGAGGCUUAAACUGUACGAGGAUGCCAUCAGGAGCAAACCUAAGAAGACCGUGGAGCCAGAAGAAGAAGGCAGUGACGAUGAGAGCCGCAUCGUGGAGCAGAGUCCGACUGCGGGAGCCACUGCCCCUGUACCUCCCGAGGACAGGCCCGACAUAGAUGCAGCCGAGGCAGCUGCAGCAGCCUCUGAUGGUGGAUCUCGCAGGAGACCAUCUGCACCGAAGUCACCUGACUCGGUCACAGAACUGCCGGUUGCCGACGAAAUGUCAUCCUAUGCGAUUAAAGCACGAACCGAAAUGGUGCAUAAAGUGCUGGAAGGACUUCGGGACGAAGCCUUCGAACUCGCCCGGGAUAUCGGUAUCGAAUCCCUGACUGCCCCUGGUGGCCUCCGGGAUUUCAUCACCAAGUUGAGGAAUGUCGUCUUCCCCCGUGCGACCGAAGAAGCUCGAGAGCUCUUCCGUGCGGGCCAAAAGCAAGGUGUCCUCGCACGCCAAGGUGGCGAGUCGAUGCUGUCGUACGUCAGCCGACGACGACGCUGGUGGAAACUGCUCAAAACUCUCGACGCCAGCAUCGAGCUUUCCGAGCCGAUGCGCGUAGAAUUGCUAUUGGAGCUUUCCGGCAACGCUGCGGAGCAUGCCACUGCAGUCACCUCGGCUUACAAAGGGAAGCUGGACUUGGCAAUAGGUGUUGCUGUGGGCUCCUCCACUCAGAUCGCCCUCUUUGUUGUACCAGUGGCAGUUCUCGCCGGCUGGGCAUAUGGCACACCCAUGUCCCUAAACUUCCGGCUCUUCGACACCGCCUGCCAGAUGCUGAGUGUCUUCCUGGUCUCGCAGGCGGGCCUUCACAGCCUCCAGUUCAAAGCCUUUGGGCAAGAGACCACCGUCCGAAUCACCUACAUCCAUACACUGACCGCAGGCGUUGAUGGAGAGCAUGGCCCGGACGUGCAGGAGUUUGUGGUGAAGGUGUUCUCCGUGCAUUCCAGCCAAGAUCCGCAAGCUCCUUGGAGCAACAAGCCUCAAGAGGAGACUUCGGGAUCUGGCUGCGUCAUCCUCCAUGAAGGCAAAGAGUGCAUCCUCACGAAUGCACAUGUGGUCGCCGAUGCAACCUACGUCGAGGUUCGGAAGGCCGGCGAUGCCAUGAAGUACCCAGCCCUGCGCGUGAAAACGUCGCACGAGUGCGACUUGGCCUUGCUGCGUCAGUGGCCCAGGUCGGUUGAGGGCAAGCACGUGCUCAUCACAGGGGGUUCUCAAGGGCUUGGGCUUGCCUUUGCCAAACUUUGCUUCGCACGGGGCGCCAGGGUGACAAUCGUUGCGCGGACGAAAGCCAAGCUUGAGCAGGCGUGCGAGGAGGCUCGGAGCCAAGGAGCUGCCACAGGACGGCUCUUAAGGGUUCAUGGGCUCAGUCGAUUGGGGUUUCGAGAAAUCAGAGCUAAGCCCGACUAUGGUUUCAGUAGGUUGCAGGGUAGUGGUAAGGAAGCGUCGUAG